UGUUUUCACGAAAAAUAAACAACAAAAAAAAUAUUUUAUACCUAUUGUUAUAAAUAUGCAAAGUAGGAGUACAUGAAUUAUUAAAUACUUACCCCUGCUGAGAAUUAAUCAUUUUUGACAAAAGUUUGUCCAAAAAAAAACACAUAAGGAUGAAUUUGAGAUUUGCAAGGUAAAUGCAUGGUAAGAAGCAAUAUUCGGAUGUCUCUGAAAUCACUGAGACGAAGCCCAAAAGGGGAAUAAUAUCUUGAAUAAUAUUUUUUUAUUCCAAUUUUUGAGUCCUUUUUGUUGAUUUCGCAAAAACGGCUCGCCGAUUUUAGGUUAGUCCUGAUAGUGUAUAGCCCUUGUUGUUGUUGUUAAAAGAAUGGCCACAUUUACCAGUUCAAAACAUCUUACUCGGCCUGAUUAUUGAACUUUUGUAUCGUAUCCAAACUUUAUAUAAAUGUCCUGAAAUGUAAGGUGAUGUUAAACAAGUUAGUAUAAGAAUCUUUAGUUAUACUCGAUAAUUUGAUUUAAAUCUAUUUGAGCUUAAGCUGUAUAGCCCUUGAAAAUCCUCAACUUUGGACAUUUUAAAAUCAUGGAAUCAUUUAAAUUGCUAUCAACAGUUCCAUAUAAGAAACUUGAACUCUCCGGCUUUUGGGAAUGUAGAUUAAUUAUAUGAUUGAUGUUUAAAACAAAAACUUCUGAUAUCAAACAAAAACACCUCUCAACGAGGUAAAAAUCUAGUGACGAUAUCAACUUUUGUGACUAAAAUGUAUUAUGCGAUCUACUAAAUAAUUACAAUUUCUUAAUUUUGUUACUCGUAGAGUACUUUGAUACUUGUUACCCGUUAAUCUUAGAGUAAAACGGUAUAUUAGAUUCGCCGAAAAGUAUGCAAAAGGUAGAAUAAAGCGUUUCCGACCUUAUAAAGUAUAUAUAUUCUUGAUCAGGAUCACUAGCCGAGUCGAUCUAUCCGUAUUAACGUUGAGAUACCUUUAUACAUACAUACAUUAAGGAUUUGGCAAAAGCUUAAAAUGGAUUUUGGUUUGAUCAUCAUUAUACAUGUACAUGCCCUAAGUUUUUAAGUUUAAAUUAUAAGCAAGUAAACGACUAUGUUCUCUCUUUUGCUCCUCGUAGAGUAAAAGGGUAAAUGGUUUUCAAAUGUAACCACUUGUAAAAUGGACCAUUAGUACCAAACUUUCAGCCUUGUUAACACAAAACGAGAAACAUACAAAUGGCAUGCCAGAAAAACAUUAACAAUCCAAAGGUGUGUAAAGUAGAAAAGGUGAGGAACGCACAGGAUUUCAAACAGUUAUUAUUAUGCCAUGGCUUGGCUUUUACUCAUUUUUCUCUGCCUCGGGAGUUCGAGGGCUCACUUUAUAAACAUUACCAGUAAAAUUGAACCAGGUUUAGAGGAAAGAUUGCUGAGUCUUCUCUUAACACUACAAACGGAGAAAUUAUACGACACCCUAUUGAUUUAUGGACGGAAUUGCGUGUUUCCUUCUUUAUUAAGUCGAUUACAAGUCCCGACAGUGCUGGUUUCUUCGGGUAGCACCAACUUCGAGUGGAAUUUCAGUAGCCUAACACUUAUACUCAGUUGUGAGUUUCAAGCAGAGAGGGAGGAAAACUAUCGCACAUUGAUGAAGCUGCAACUAGCCAGGCGUCUAAUUCUUCUGCGUGGAGAUUUUCAACCGGAGACAGUAUGCGACUUCUAUUCGAAAAAGGAUCAAUAUAACAUAGCAAUGGUAAAAGAAAACUUCGAUCAAUUCGGGGUAGUAUACUCCUGUCGCCUAUUUCAAGAUCGAAACUAUGAAGAAGUGAACCUAUCCGAUGCUAACCAAAUUUUUGUAGAACAAUUUAGAAACAUGCAUGGAGCGCCGAUAAGAACAAUUACCGACAACUUGGAACCUCGAUCCAUGGUUACCCAGGACCCAAAAACAGGGAAGAAGAAGUGGAUAGGUUUUGUGGCUAACCUUAUAAACAACUUUAUUGAAAAGGUUAACGCAACCAUGGACAUGCCGAAAGAAUUGACUGAGGUCGACGGCAAAAUCUUCUUUGUGAAUAUAUCUAAGUGGGCCGCUGACGAUCUUUUAGAUAUUGGCAUGACCGUGGACUCUACCUGGGAAAUGACUAACUUUGAUACAUUCUCAUAUCCUUACUUGACAAGCUCCUACUGCUUAAUGUUACCUCUUCCAGAUUUGGUGCCACACAACGAGAUCUACGGGGUGAUCAUAGAUCACGGAGUCCUGGGCGUGCUACUUGUCUUAUUUCUCAUCUUCUCGAUGAUGCUGAUCUACAUCCAGCAGAAGUCCUUUCGCGGUCUGAGGCUUACUCGAGUCCUGAUGAACGAUAUGUGUUUGAGGGGGUUUUUGGCUCAGCCGUUUCCGUUUCCCCGCCAAUCGAGCAGGAAACUGAAGCUAAUUUGCCUGCUUCUGUGCUUUGCCAGCCUUAUGACCACAACCAUGUACGGAGCCUACCUGCACACCUUUCUGUAUAGUCCGCCAGCCGAGCCGAUGGUACGUACAAUUAGCGAUUUUGAAAAAUCCAGAUACAAGGUUGCCAUGAACUGGGCCGAGAUAGACAUGUUGCGUUCUGAGAAGCAUCGUAAACUGCACAGAGUAAGCGAUGAUCGGGUCCACACCUUUGAGGACUUCCAGAAGUUCGAGAACUUACGAGGAUCUUUUGACAACGACUUUGUCUUUCCGGUGACCAGUGUGCGCUGGAGCACUUACAACGAGCAGCAAAAGCUCUUUCAGCAUCCAGUGUUCUACUACUCAGAUGAUUUCUGUCUAAGCCGCUAUAGCAUAUUGAGUUUUCCCAUAAGACGUCACCUUCCCUAUCGCGAACUCUUUGAAGACCAUAUUCUACGGCAGAAGGAAUUUGGACUGUUGAAUCACUGGAUCGAUCACAGCUUCUUGGAUAUGCUCGGGCUGGAACUCACGAAGCGCACGGACUUCAGCAAACCGCUAGAGGAUAAACGGAAAAUCUGCGUGGAUGACCUUUAUUGGGUUCUGGGAUUGUAUGCGUUGGCAUUGGGUAUCGGUGGCUGCUGCUUUGCACUGGAGCUUUUAAGAUCUUCAAACUAUUGGGCCCGUUUAAAGGAGUAUAAAUGGCGAUUGCUAGCUUACUUAAUAUCUUACUUAUCUUACUUAAUAUCUUUUCUAAAAUUUAAACGAUUUUAAUAUA